UACAUAUAUAUAUAUAUAUACUGUAUAUACUGUAAUAUAGUGUAUUCUGUGCUGUAUAUAUACAGUUUAUACAGCGGAAGAGAUUGUUGCUGAUCUUUUAUUUUUUUUCCCAUUUCCAACUCCAAACAAUGGACGAUAAUAUGUUAAUUAAAAGUUAUAAUUUGUUCUCUUUUGAAUAAUAACAAUCAUUCUAUCGGUAGUGUUUUAAGCAUCCAUAUUCAUGCUUGAGCGAUGAGUCAUCGUAAUAUAGCUCGUCGUUCAAUACUGAAUAGAGUGAGCGAGUGAGUGAGCUGGGAGAGAGAGAGAGAGAGAGCGAAAGAGAAAAAUAGAGGAGAGUGUUAGACUUGACUAGCUGCAGCUGUUAUAAGUGAUUUUCGUGGAACGUUCAGGUAUACGUUUACCUUUUUAAUUAGAUAGCGCGCUGAAUCGUCGGCUUAUCUUAUCUGUGUAUUAUUAUUAUUAAUAUUUACACACAUAUAUAUAUAUUUAUUAUAUGUAUGUAGAGCGAAUGUUCUAUCGUCUUAUCGCUCGUCUUGCGCAUGGCUUCAACGGAUUGUUCGUUAUUCUAUCGAUGUAGAAAUAAAUUUAUUUUUUGGGUGGAAUAACGACGACGACUCUUCGCUAUGUUGGACGUUGGCAUAUAUCUUGGAAUGUUUGGGCUUCUAGUAGCCUACCUAAAGAUAGCAUACGAGGCAGAAGUGUUGCGUAAAAGGUGCCACCUCCUUGAAGAAGAUAUCGAAGAUGAACGAUCCAAAGAUAAACCGUUGCCAAACAAUGAAACCCAACAAGUCUCUUCGAAUGAGAAAGAAGAUGAAAAGAUAAUUGAUUCUGCAGAGAAAAUAGAUAAUAAUAAUGGACAGGUUGACGCCAAAAGUGAAGACAAUCCGCAAGAUGUAUUAAAAAAAGAUGAUGAAGGGAUAUUUGACGAGGAACAACGCGAAGAAUACUCAUAUGAUGAAGAAGAUAGUAGUACUAACAGUGUUUACGAAGAUUUAAACUCUGAUGAAGAAGUACCUUCUACCAAUUCUUCAAGAUCAAAACAAAUUAUAAGAAAUAUAGGAAGAACUAUUGCAGAAGAAAAGGAAGAAGAAAUGCACAAUAAUAGCUCAUCUUCAGAUGAAUUCGAAUACGAACCUAUGCUCUCCGAUAUUACCGAAGUUAGCGAACCGGAGAGCGAGGUUGAAAUUAUCAAUUCAAUGCUAAAGGACGAGAAAAGUUUAGCAUAUCUUGUAAAAACAAGAUCCUUAUCUGAACCUGUAGACGUCUAUCGCUGGUCCGACUCUGAUUUGAGUGAUGAAGAUAGCUCAACACCAGAACGGCAGUGUUUACAAUUACCUCACGUUUUAACUUCUCCAACAGAUGAAAUAGAAGAGUUUGAAUUUAAUGAUUCAGUGCAUCAAAAGAUAUCAAACGACUCUUUAAAUGAUACGAUUACACCGUCAAAACCAAUAAACAAUCAGUCAUCAGAAUCAAAAUUAGAGGAUAAAACUAUUAUUUCGUCUAUUAAGUACGAAACCAUUAACGACAAUAUUCCAUCUCUAUCUUCUGUAAAAGAAUCUGCAAAGUCCUCUAACGUUGAUCAAUUGCAAAUAAAAGAAGAAGUUGACGAAGAAAAAAUUGUUCCCUCUAUGAAAGAGGUUCGUAAUGUGCUGCGUUCAAUUCUUUUAAAACAAACAAAGCCAACUUCAUAUUUGACUGAAACUCCUGUAAAAAAUAAAAUAGUAAGAUUUGAACAUGCGGAUCCGAACGAAUUUGAAAACGACGAUUGUACAAUUAGCGAAGACGAUUGGUCUAAUUCAUCUGUUUCUUCAUUUGAUAGGCUAAAAUUAAAGGUUUUAGAUUCUCAUGAUGCCCCAAUAGCAACUAUUGAUUCGGAUUUAGAUUUUGAUGACGAUAACGAUGAAAAUGAAUCGCCUCUUAUUAAUUCUCCAAGGUCGGUCGACGAGGAGAUUUUCUCUCAGAAAGUUACCACAAAAGGCCAACUCAUAGAUGAAGAUUUUACGCUCAAACCAAAUUUAGAUUCGGACACAAAAAUAAAUGAAGUUGUUUAUAACAAUGUAUCUCAGCUUGAAUUGGCUAACCAUAAUUUGGAAGAAAGGCCUGUUUCUUCAUGCGAUAUAGCUUUAGAGAAAAGUUCUGUUGAUGAUAGGAAAGUUGAAAUAACAGAAACUAAGGUUAUAGAUAGCGAUGAUAAAAUUGUAUCGCGUUCCUCCUCAGAGGAAUUUGUGCACGAAUUCGAAGAGGAGGUUCGUUUCGAGUACACUAUUAUUUCCACCAGAAACGGGGAGAAUAUAGAUAGUAAAGAACCAGAGAAGUUAUCUGAAAGAGAAGAAACUUCUAAUAUUUUAUCAUCAGAUUUCGCAAUAGAAACUUUCAAUUGGGAAGACGACGAACCAUUUAAGAGGAGAGAUUUACGUUCAAAAUUGACAACGAGUACUCCUUCAGACGACACUAUUCAAGAGGAACAACAAAACAUUGAUAAAGUCCAUGAGAGAAAGGAGGAACAUGUGAUCGAUUCUCCCAGAGAUGUGAAGGAGAUUAAAAUAAAAGAAACUGCCAUAUGCGAAAAAGAGGACAAUAGAAAUGAAAUUGACAUAGACCAGCGGUUAGAGAUGUCUGAUAAUAUGAAUGAGGUAAAAACAAACAAGAUGGAAAAGAUAGCUCUUCCGAUAAUUAAAUCCAAACCUCUUUAUGGACCUAUUCAAACAAUUGUACCCUCAUCGUUCUAUAAUGAAAACAUACUAAGUGCAAAAGUUGAGCCUGCAGAAGAGAAUCUACCGAAUCACCUCGAGAAUAACCUGAAAGGUGAACUUAGAACGAAGCCCCAGGAAGAAUCAAUAUUGUUGCAUACCAGUACUUUAUCUGGCACGAAUAUUGAUGGAGAGAGCGAGAAUGAGAAUAAUAGCUCUAUUAAUACAUCGACUUCGUCGACUGGACUGGAGAGUAGUAAAUCGAAGGAGAAAUUUUUAGAAACAAAUAUAGAUGAGAUUUUAAUGGAUCCAAUAGAAACUAAUAUAGAUUCUGACUUGGAUGAAAAAUUUACUAGAAACAAUUUAUCAAAUUAUCUCAAACCCGAUUUAACAAAUGCUGGCAAUUAUAGCAGAUCUUGUACAAAUAGUCUCUCAAGGAGUUCUUUGGGUAAAGAAGAAAUGACAAAUAAUUUUAGUUUUGAUUCAAAAACUAAUUCUUCUUUCACCGAACCACUAGAGACGGAUAUAGAUGCUGUUUUAGAGAUGGAUAAUGUCGUAAGUGUAUCCCGAACGCCUAACUUAUCAUUCAGAAAUAGUUUAAUAACUAAAUCCGAAAGUGAAGAGGACGAAAGUUUUAUUCGUCGAACAAAACUUAUAGCGCUGGGGCCCAGUAGCGUGGGUAAAACACGUUUAUUGAAUGCUCUACGAUCUACUACAAUAGAUUUUGAUACGCCUACAAUUGGUAUAGAAGUUAGGCGUCAGUAUUUGGAUGAAAUAAAUGAGUUAUGGACUUAUGAUUUUGGAGGCAAUGAAGCGUUUCAAUUUGUUCAACAAAUGUUUCUCACCGAAUAUUCUGUUUGCUUGCUAGUGGUCGACAUAUCGAAGUCACCAGCUAGCUUACCUUUUAGAGUACCAGAAUUUUGGUUUGAAACAAUUUGCCAUCGAUUAAGAAAUACCGUUGUCAUAGUCGCAGCAACUCAUACUGAUCUAUGUAGCUCAGAUACUGUUCAAACUAGGGUUAAUCUAAUAAAAGAUAGAUUAACAACAAUAGAACGAACGUUUACCGAACACUUAGAAUUCAUAAAGAGAACCCUAUUGGCUGAUAGUGCUCAUGACAAAGUUAAUAGGCUUCAUUUAGAGAGAAUUAACAAUAUCUUAACUAGGGGCCCCGUUUUGAGCGAAAUUAUACCCCUGAGUUUAAAAACGUUCGACGGUAUCGACACUUUGAAAAGACACUUGGUAAACACUCUAAAAAAGAUUCGACCCCUUGCUAAACCGUCUCAUUUUGAAGAUUGGCUAUUAAACAGUCCGAUUCCUUGGAUAAAUAGAGAAGAUUUAUAUAGGCAGGCAGCCAGAUUUCAUAUAAAAAAAUUGGAUUUGGACAAAAUUCUCGAAAAUAUGCGCCAAGCUGGUGCCAUCUUGAAUUAUGUUGAUGAAUCUUCAAAUUUCAUAUUUACUAAUCCGAAUCUUUUAUUAACUGUCUUCUCUUUGAGUAGUUUAUCCUCUACUAUUCUAACUGAGAAACAAUUAAGGGAUAUAUGGAGGGAGUAUCACGGUAUACGUGAUGACAAUGUAUGGUCUGAAAUUUUGCAUUUACUUCAAAAAUUCGACCUCUGUUAUGAACUGAUCUCAAAGACUGAAAGAGAAUUUUGCUUCCCUUCUUUACACUCAGAUUUCCCUCCUAAUUCUUCUUUAGUUAUUUGGCCAAUUGUACUAGGAGAUCCCGACUGGGUAGAAUAUUCUAUGCUGUUGGAAUUUCCGUCUACACAGGCACCGCCUAGUGGACUAAUAGAAAGAAUUAACGUUCGUUUACAAUAUUUUCUUGAUCAUAGAAUUGAUUGGAGAAACGGCUUUGUUGCUUUUGCGAAUUCAGGAAAGGAUAUCAGUAAAGUUUGUUCGUAUACUCGAAGGCAUCAAUGUAGAUCUGCUAUAAGAUUCGCGGUAAGGUUGCGCAAGGAUCGUCGACAGAUGGCACAUCACUUAUUCCAAGUGUACGCAGCUACAGCUGAUAAACUAAUCGAAUCAUUCUAUCCAGGAGUCAUCUACAUAUGGCUAAUGGAGUGCUCCCACUGUCUGAACAAAACACGAGAUAGACCAGUCAUUCCAACGGCAUUUAAAACCGAUAGACAUUUAACAGCUAAAAGUGACAUAGUGGAAUGUUCGGGUAUGCUAAUUCCCAGUUCAGCCGCCUUUCCUCCUGAAUUUAAUGGUCCCAAAUACGGUUUUUUAAAUGAGAACGCUCGAAGCGCUUUAAUAUCAUAUCAUUCAAAUUUAAUACGUUCAAUUUCAUCUUUGAACUUGAUGAAUUAUCUACUUAAGAAUGCUGCAAUUACUGUAAAAGAAGCCGAUGAUAUUUUAAAACAGAACGAGGAAUCAGACCGUAACGAGUUACUCUUAUCACAUAUAUUUCAAAGGGGGGAGCCGCUAUUUAGCUACCUCGUAGAUCAGCUACGUCAGAACAAGAGAACCGAAAAUUUAGCAAAAUCUAUAGAGUGUCAUAUCAAUGAUUUGGAAUCACGAAGUAAACAAUUAUUACAACUUAAACAAUUGGAUCAAGGUAGAAAUUAUUCACUGCCAAGAUGCAAAAGUAACAACUACGAACAAGCUUUUUCGAAUAGAUCCCUUGGUCUUUCUCACUAUAUUCAUAUCAUUCCAGAUUCUGUACCUAACGGAGAUAAUUAUAUCAUAAUGGCUGGGGAAAAAUACAGGGAAAACUACAGGGAUAGUUUCAUAUGUGCACCUCAUAAUGAGAAGAGAAGGAGGCGAACCCAAAGUGCUCCUUCUAAUGGUUCAGCUAGAAAUCGUUUGUUGUUGAAUUUUCAUAAAACUGACAGUGAAACAUUUGAUUGUUGAUUUAUAAUUGUUAAGGUUUUUGCCUUAAAAUUUUACUUUUAUUUUUAACAAAUGAAUAAUGGUAAUAAAAUUUUAUUUUACUUAAUAAAAAUUCUAUAUUCACAUCAAUUAACACCC